AUGACCGCUGCCCCAUGGGCAGACAACUUUGAAGAUGAGGGUGCAAGAUACAAACGCCAGAGGAUGUCCUCUCCCUCNCCAGCACAUACCGUUGUAUCAGACCCCUUCGACUUGGUCACUACUAGCACAACAGCGGAACUACCGCUCCGGCCACCUACCAUCGACGAGUAUCCUAUCCAUACACAACAACAAUGUCGCAUCUUCCAACUUCCCUACGAACUUCGGGAAAUGAUAUACGGCAUGGCCUGCGUCAACGACGGAGUAUCAGCAGUCAUGCGCAAGAGCACGAGCCGUCAUGCAAGUCAAGAUUCGGCCAAGGAACCGGCAUUCCUACAAAGCUGCAGGCUAGCGCGCUUUGAAGGUCAACCCAUCUUCUACCAAAAGAACGACUUUGUUGUCAGACGCCGCGACUCGAUCAACUUCCAUCCUCGGCCGGUUAUGGAUGCGCCGAUUGCAUACCCUUACAGCUCUUUCAACACUGGAGUCCCCAGAUGGCUUGACAACAUGACCAAUGAGAAGAUCGCAAAGAUCAAGACAGUGGUGCUUGUGCAGAUUGCACGCGGGGUGUACAAGGAUGCAUACAACGAAUGGCAUCGUGACGCGAGUGCUUGCUUCCGUCUGCGGUACUCUGCAAAAGGCAACAAUGGCUACGAGAUCGAAUACAUUCGUGUCGACGCGAGUGGACGGUCAGACAAGUAUGCCGAAAGGCUUCGCGAAGCGCUCGAAAUGAGAAUGGACAAAUUGGUGAAGGAUAUGGGCAUCAAGCAGUGGAACAGGCAGUCGAUUUGGGACAUGGCGUAUCUUUUGUGA